UGCCAUGGAGAGGGAGAAACGACCUUUAUCUCCUCUGUUGCAGUUAGCUAGCCAUCGUGAUGGUAUGAGAGAAUUUUAUAAUUAUUUGUGUUUUAAGGGGUUGAAAAAUUUGCUUCUGGCUCAUGGGUAUUCAUUGCUUGUGAUUCGUCUUAUUUUUCACUUUUCUUUGUCUCCUAAGAAUAGUUUGGUGCAGAGCUAUGAGAAUUCGAUUUCAGACCCUGGAGCUCUACGGAGGUACAGCCCAUAAGUUUUGUAUGUUCCACAGGGGCUAAGGGCGACGAGUCUCGCUUGUGGAACCUACAAAACUUAUGGGCUGUACCUUCGUAGAGCGGUUAACUCUUCGUGGUUGCCAAGUUUACAGUUGUUCACGUGACGUUUAUCAAGGUGUGAGGUUAUAGUAGAAUACUUUGCUUUGAACAUUUGUUAGUUUAUGUCACGGUGGAACUUGAUCUCAAAUUCUCAAGUUUCUGGUCAUGGCCUUCCUUAGGUUUGCUAACUUUCCAUGGACCAGCCAGCACCCCUCGUGGGACCGGUGGUCUCAUCUGCGCAUGGCGGACAACGUAUGGUUCCAACGCCGAGGUGACUCCGCAUCUUCCUCCCUUUCGCCCACAAUCCUGGGUUCCGCUCCCGCUCACAAAGACUUGAGAAAGGAGGAAUCUGGCCUCUCCUCCCCGCACCAUUAUCCUCACUCAAUAUCUGACAAUCCUUAUCUUACCCUCCGCCCUAACCUUGCGCUAUUCUGAGGCAAAGGACCAACUACUCGUAUCAUACCGGCACACACUCCAACAUGCUUGCUAACAUCCGCAAACCAAUUGAUCUCCUCCGAGGCCACCCAUCGACCCGACUUCUUGCGACAGACCUGAUACGCGAGUCCGCUGAUAAGGUCCUUAGCUCGGACCUUCCACAGGAUAGUUGCGCCCAGAGUCGCCACCCAUUGCACUACGGACCUGACCUGGGGAACGAGGACUUGCGUGUUGAGAUUGGAAGAUGGACUGCUGGGCGGUACGGGCUCAAGGAAGCCAUUCCUGCGUAUGCUUCCCAUUUUCUUGGGUUGUGUUAGGAGCGUAAGGCUAAUGAAUGCCCUAAACCCUAGGGAGAGAAUUAAUAUCACCCCUGGGGCGUCGUAUGGGCUUAUGAAUACGCUUUUGCUGUGCACCAGCCCCGUGACUGGGUACACGAAGCAGGCGUUCCUUCUUAGUCCAACCUACUUUUUGGCAGCGAGUGUGUUCCAAGGUUUGACAUUCCCGCAAUUGUACCCGUGGCCAGGAUGGGCGGGUAUGGUAACUGAAGGCUACUUCUAUAGACGCCGGGUUUUCUGGAAAAUUGACCGCCAUAAGGCUUAACAAGAAUACGAUUGACACCGACUCUUUGAUGGCUCAUUUAGAGCGUAUCUCUGCCUCUACUCCAGACGUCCCGCUCCCAGGCGGCCUGGAGCCAAUCUCGAGAGCUGGUGUUCCAAAGCGUAUCUAUAAAUUUGUUAUGUAUUGUGUUCCUACGUACUCGAACCCUACUGGGGAGACCUGGGACUUGGAGACCCGCCGUAAGGUCGUUGAGAUUGCCAGGAAGUGGGAUAUGCUCAUCAUCAGCGACGAUGUGUAUGACUUUCUGGGUAAUGACGGUGAUACCUCUGCACUUACUCCGGACAAGAAGUUAAUGCCUAGACUUGUCUCUUUGGACCAUGAAAUUGGCGAGAAGCAGGGGAUGGGGAGCAAUGAAGCAGGGUAUACUGUCUCCAAUUGCUCGUUCUCAAAGCUACUGGGGCCAGGUAUAAGAUGUGGCUGGAUCGAGAGCGCUACAGGAGUGUUAGCGAAGCAAAUGGGCGAGGGCGGCGCUAACCAUAGUGUAUGUCUUAUCCUUUACACCGCCCUCCCCGCCUCCCGUGCCCCUCGACCUUAAACUGACAACUAUAUAACCAGGGCGGCGCACCCUCACAAUUUGCCUCAACCCUUAUCCACCCCCUUAUCACUAGCCGCUCAAUCGACAGCGUGAUCUCAAACCUAACAAAGACCUACACUGCCCGAUGCGCCGAUAUUGUUACUGCCAUUAAGACCUACUUUCCAAAAGAAACCACCAUCUAUGGUGGUAAGGGUGGGUUCUUUCUGUGGAUCAUACUCCCAGGCCGUUACGACGCCCGUGAAAUCACGCAGCUUGCUGCAAAGGACGUGACCGUGCUCAACGGCGACGAGAGCGAGUGCCCCGGUGACAAGCUUGGCUGGGGCAAUCAUUGUAUUAGGGUUUCAGUGAGCUACAGUGAGGGGGAUGUCGCAGUGGAAGGGAUCAAAAGGUUUGCGGAGGCAAUGAAGAGGUGGGAGGAUGGUGAGAGGAGCUCCUGAGGGGUAGACGUGGAAAUGAGGUCAAAGAUAGUGUGUUGCUUAGCAAAAUCUUUGGGGGAAUCAUUUUGGAAAAGAAUAUGGUUGUGUAAUCAGCUGGGCUGUCGAAGUGUAGGAAUUCGAUUGUCAUCGGUACGGAUUGGGCGUUGAUAUUUAGAUAUAAAAAAAAGAUGGUGCUCUGACUCGG